AUGGAUCACUUCACCAAAUGGUGUGAAGCUUUUCCUACGCCGGAUCAAAAGGCAUCUACUGUCGCAAAAAUACUUCUUGAUAGAGUUUUUAGUCGUUUUGGUCCCCCAGUUGUCUUGCACUCUGAUCAAGGUGCAAAUUUCGAAAGCACGUCAAUGCAUGAAGUAUGCGAUGUAAUGGGAAUUAAAAAGACCAGAACAACCGCGUAUCACCCUCAAUGUGAUGGGCAAGUUGAGCGACAAAACAGAACAUUACAAGAUAUGUUAGCGGCAUUUUGUACAAAACAUGGCAAUGAUUGGGACUUAUGGCUAAACGCAGUAGUUUUCGCGUACAACACUAGUCGACAAGUAUCACUACAAACCUCUCCAUUUGAAAUAGUUUUUGGAUGUAUUCAUAGAUUAGCAUUAGAAUUAGAAUUAGGACUCCCACUGAAAGAUCCCAGGACGCAAUCAGAGUACACUCAGUCGCUUAGGAAGAUAUUUAAGGAGGUGAAGGAGAUAGCAAGGCAGAAUUUAGAGAUAGCAAGAACAAAACAGAGAAAAUGUAACGAAGAAAGAAUUCGGACAUGGAGCCCUUUCGCCUCAGGGGAAACAGUAUACCUGCGCAGAUCGAAAGGAUGGAAAUUGGGGGCGAAGUGGAUUGGGCAAUUUGAAAUUGUUUGUAGGAUGGGUGUUGAUUACAGAAUAAGGUCGAGCAAAGCUAAAAUUAUGGUGGUUCAUCAUGAUCGCCUAAAGCGUGGCUAUGCACCGGUAAAUGGCGGCAAUGUUGUUUGUCCUGCUCCAGAACUUGGGGGUGACCGGGUGGUUUACACUGCUCCAACAGACGACGUUCAACCUAAUUGCGACAAUGACCCACAUAUCCCACGGGUUAGGCCUAGGGAUCUCAGGCAAAAUGUUCAUCCGCCUGAUCGGUACGGCUUGAUGCGUAGUAAUACUCCCAGAGGAAACACAGUU